GUGAUAAAGAGAGAAAGAGAGAGAGAUAAACGAAUUCUUCGAAUAUAAGGAAAAGAAAUAAAAAGUGUAAACAUUAAUUACGAUGGAUAAAACAGAUUUCGACGAUUAGUUUAGUUACUUAUAUAUUCCUGUUUUCUCUUGCGUACGCGCAUGCUGUGAAUGAGAAAAGCAUAGUAAGCGAAAGAAGUAAUUCCUGUUCUUGUUAAUUCUUGGAAAUACAUCAAAUUGUUGAUGUUAAUUAUUUUAUGAGAAAAAUUGAACGAUGAAUUUUUGACAUUAUCAAAAGUACGAAAAAAAAACGAAAAAAGAAAAAGAAGCAGAAGAAGAAGAAGAAGAAGAAGAAAAAGAAGGAUUCAAAAAAGUUCGCAAAGAAAUUUUUAGAAUAAAAUUAUACUCGCACGCUCGUUCUUACUUUCGUAUUGUAUAAGGUUAAAGCGUGUAUAAAAAAAAAAAAAAAAAAAAAAAAAAAAAAUGCUAUGAACUCAAUAGAGAUGUCAGGCGAAGAAUAUGAUAGUGAAAUGGAUUAUUCGGAUUCGGAUUGUGGAGACCCAGGUUAUGAAGAUUAUUACAAUGUACAACCAUGGGGUGGUGAAGUAGACAAUGAUGUUGAUCCUGAUCAAAAUAGGAGAGAUCCAGAGUAUGCCAUUUAUGAUUGUUUAAGAGUUGAUGAAGUAGAAAGGCUUUUGAAUGAAAAUGUGGAAGUAUUGAGCAACAGUCUACGUAUAACACCGUCCUUAGCCAAAGUAUUAUUACACGCACAGAAUUGGGCACUGCAAGAUAUUAUUUCAAAAUAUCGUACCAAUGCUUCCAAUUUAUUGAUCACUUCGAAAAUUAGACCGGUGCCUUUGGUGGAUUCUACGUCAGGAAUAAAAAGUCUAAAGGGUGGAUUGUGUUCUGUGUGUGUAACUAUUCAUCCUGCUGAUAAAUUUUCUACUCUUAUGUGUGGUCAUUCUUUUUGCAAAGACUGUUGGUGUAUGCAUUUUGAAGUACAAAUAACACAAGGUAUAUCUACUGGAAUAAGUUGCAUGGCACAAGACUGUGACGUUUUAGUACCAGAAGACUUUGUCUUAUCUUUGCUCACUAAGCCUAACAUGAGAGAAAGGUAUCAACAGUUUGCUUUUUGUGAUUAUGUAAAAUCUCAUCCACAGUUAAGAUUUUGUCCUGGUCCAAAUUGCCAAAUUGUAAUGCGUUCAAAAGAACAACGAGCUAAAAGGGUUAUGUGUUCUUCUUGUAAAACUGUAUUUUGUUUUCGAUGCGGUAUGGAUUAUCAUGCCCCAACUGAUUGUAACACAAUUAAAAAGUGGUUAACAAAAUGUGCAGACGAUUCAGAAACAGCAAACUAUAUUAGUGCUCAUACCAAAGAUUGUCCAAAAUGUCACAUUUGUAUAGAAAAAAAUGGUGGUUGUAAUCAUAUGCAAUGUUAUAACUGUAAGCAUGAUUUUUGUUGGAUGUGCCUCGGUGAUUGGAAAGCACACGGAAGUGAAUAUUAUGAAUGUUCACGUUACAAGGAGAAUCCUAAUAUAGCACAUGAAAGUGUUCAUGCCCAGGCAAGGGAAGCACUUAAAAAAUAUUUGCAUUAUUAUGAAAGGUGGGAAAAUCAUAGUAAAUCUCUUAAACUGGAAGAACAAACUUUAGAGGGUAUAAAAAUGAGAAUUAAUAAAAAAGUUAUGACAGCAAGUGGUACAUGGAUAGAUUGGCAGCAUUUGUUUGAAGCUGCAUCACUUUUAGCUCGCUGUCGAUAUACUUUACAAUAUACAUAUCCUUAUGCUUACUACAUGGAACCUGGUCCAAGAAAAGAACUCUUCGAAUAUCAGCAAGCACAGCUGGAAGCAGAAAUAGAGAACCUUUCAUGGAAGAUAGAACGAGCUGAAACAACAGAUCGCGGUGAUUUGGAAAAUCAAAUGGAUAUUGCCGAGAAACGUCGCGUUACAUUAUUAAAGGACUUUCUCGAGGUCUUUCUAAAAUGUCAACAUCACUAGUUUUGAUUUUUGAAAUAUGGAUACGUAUGUAUAGUAAUGAUAGAUCAAAACUUCCUGCGCUUUUAAGUUUCAUGUCUUUAAAGACGUGAUUCAAUAUGCGAAGAUCAGUCUUCCUGAUAAGGAAUACUUUUACGAUUUGCAGAGGUUAAGUAUAGUAUAUGUUUAGAAAUUAUUAUAAGUUAGCCAUAAAGGAUAUUUAUUCUCUCAUUAUUCUUUUCAUUCGAUAAAGAUCAUAUUUUAUUCUUUUUUUUUUUUUUCUUUUUUUUUCUUUUCCCAAAAGGAGAUAAAAUAAUAACAUAAUAAAGACAUAACACGUGUGCGUAAUAUGAAAACAUUGACUUUUAAAUAUCGGCUUGAUAACAAUAUUCAAUCCUAUAAAUUUUUGAAUGAUUGAUAUUCUUGAUGGAGAUAUGAAAAGAGAUAAAAAUACGAACGUAUAGCACGUAAUAAUUUAAAAAAAAAAAAAAAAAAAAAA